GAUGCUACAUCUCUCUUCUAAAACUGUACGACUGCAUGCAUUAUCACAUUAUGGAGAAUACUGAAGAUUCACAAGAUUUAUCCACUUGUCACACUUUCAGUCCUGAUAACACCAUUUCGUCACCUUUACUACCUAUUACAUCAUCUUCACCUGAAUCUUUAAGCUCGAGUGGCGCAGAUCACAUACAUGCAGAUGUCUCAGAUGUGCAAUAUCAGCAUUCAACUCCAGGGCGAAAUCCAAGUUUAGAUCCACCUUUUCAUGGUGUACUAGCGAACCCAACCCAUCCUAGCGUGGUCAAAAACGGAGUUGAAGGAAGCGAGCUGAAAAGGGGAGAAGAAGACAAAAGGGAAAACGGAGAAGGAAGCGAAGAGGAAGACGAAGAGGAAAGUGAAGAGGGAAGUGAGGAGGAAAGUGAGGAGGAAAGUGAGGAGGAAAGUGAGGAGGAAAGUGAGGAGGAAAGUGAGGAGGAAAGUGAGGAGGAAAGUGCAAAAGAGAGCGAAGAGAGCCAGGAAAGCGCAGAAGAAAGUGAAGACGAUUAUAGGCACUUCUCGUUACUAGACUGGAUCCUGCCGUAUAGGUUCUUUAAGAAAAGUGAACCAAAGAAGCAAUAUCGUUUCCCAGUCGCAUUUAACAGGAUUCAUAAUAUCUCUUCAUUGUUCUCAGAGGCUCGUGGGCUGACGCGUGAUAUGCACCCAACCCUGGGUUCGCUACCAAAGCAGCAGUCAACACAACGCCAUGAUGACUUAGAAUCGAUGGAUGCGGAGGGUGCUUCUGGCAUGUUGUGGCAAGCAGAAGGAGACAGCGAUGAAGAGAGCGAUGGAGACUGUUCUAGCGAAAAUGAUGAAGAGAGCGAAAGCGAUGAUGGAAGCAACAACAGCAACAGUGAUGAAGUAUAUAAUGAAUCAGUACACCAGAGCCUCAAGGAAGUUAACGACAAGUAUGAUGAAAUGUACGGCAAAGCUCUUUCCACAUAUCCAGCUUCAACAAGACCAGGGGAAGAAUACACAGAUGAAGAAGAGGGAGCAGUUGUUGAUGAUGUUGAGUUUGAUGACGUUGAGCUUGAUGAUGUUGAGCCUGGUGACACGAAGGCUGCAAUGCAAUCCGAGGAGACAGUUAAAGCCAAGGAUGAAUCCGGCACAUCUUCCUCCCCGGAGCAGCGGCGAAUCCAUUUUUUUGGUGGCCAAGAUGAGGUUUGGGAUAUUCCUGAUGUGAAGCAAUAUGAGCAAGAGAGUAUGCCGAUAGUAUACCGCAUGAUGAGCCCUUCUAAGAUCAGGGUGUAUGUGCUGGAUAAUCGAAUGGGGGAACACGAAUAUGCGAGUUUGUACAGCGGCGUGAAGGGGCUUGGUGGCAAAUGGCUAAGCCCUUUACCCUAUAAUAAGAUCCGCUCCAAAAAGGCAGCUCGCAGAAACAGAUGCAAUCCGUGGCUUAUCACGCACAUUGUAACUGACCUGAACACGUAUAGGGAAGUUAUGACGUUUGUGCCGAUUAGCCGUCUUAGGGUCAACAUCAUGAUUGUUAGUACGACAUGGCUUGAACGCACCAUACGCGAAAAGAAGGCGAUCGACCCACGACCCUACGCCAUACUGAAUCCCCGACCGCAAAAGGCGCUCAAUGCUUCAAGCACGCCUAGGCCAAACCAGAGUGGAGCCAGCACUCCAUUUUCCAAUCCUUCUACCGACAAUGAUCGCAAGGAGCCACAGACCGCACACGGAUGUGCUGAUAAAGACACUACACAAAACGAGAGCUGCUUUACUCUUGAAGCUCAAUAUUCAGGUCAUAAUGCACCUGCAAGUCCAGCCGAUUCCAAGCAUAGCGCUAUAUAUACAGGCCUGGAUACUCCAACGGACAUGAUAAAGCCCAGUUCCUCCAAAAUCAUCGAUCUUACUGAUUGUUACGGCGUCUCUGGCCCUAUUGGCAAGGAUGGCUGUAGCGAUCAUAACGGUGUGUUGUUUAAUUUCGUUUCUCAAAUAACCGCGGACCGAUCCUCUCUCUCUCAUGUACCGCCAAUAGCUGAGGACGAUCGGCCCAAAAAGAAAACACGUCUUUCUAACCAUGCACACACUUCACUAGCAACUUAUGCAUAUUCAGCUGUCUCGACACCUACAACUGAAACCUCUACAGCCAUUUCCAAGGCUACUGUAGAUGAGAAACCUGUGACAGCUCCAGCAAUGCCAUUGCCAUCUGAUCGAUCUAAAGUGUCUGAUUGCCCUAGUGCUCCAAGUAGGCCAGCCCAAAAUGAUCAAGAUCGGUCUCAGUUAUCUGUGGGCAGCGCCUCUAAAACCGAUGAAUCCUACAGGGACGGCAAGCAUCCUUUGGAAUGGCUCCUUAGUCAAUCGUUCCCAUCUUUAAUACUUGAAGAUAUCUUUGAACAGGCCUCUGAAUUUGUUCGUGCAGGGAUUGAUGCGCUAAUGUCGAAGAGACAGAGUUCUGUGAAUCUUUUAAAUAUGACAGCUACAGAUAUCCACACGUGGAGCAAUGAUGAACAACCAGAGGGCUACUCAUCCCGGAAAGCGGAGAGCGAAAGCAUUUAUAGCUCGGAUGUGUCGGGAUAUGGGGCCAAGAGAUGCAGAACAAUCUCUGGACAUAAUAGUGACGACAAUGAGCAAGAGCUGAACCAGGCACGCAAGGUCCACAUUUCGGAAUCGCUGCUGAGUAGGAUGAGGAGCUCAGAAUCUGUUUAA